AUCUUUGGUCAACAUUAAUAUUGUUCACUCCUAAAAUGCAGAAAGUUCCAUUUCUUUACCUUUUUACUUUAAAUACUUCAGAGAAGGAAUUAAAUCACGUAGGAAAUCAGAUCUAUGAAUAACAACCUCUUUCUGUAACAUGUCAUGUCCACACAAUCUCUAGACACGCCUGAGAGAUUUACUAGAUUCUCAGUUUAGCAAAAAAAAUUUUCUCUAUCCCUCUCUCCCUUGUUGAUCUUCUGUCUUUUAUCCAUGGAGGUCCCAACAGUAUCUUUGGUUAUCCCGCCCUCAAACUCAAUCCCUGCUGAGCCACCAAAAAUAAUUAGCGCCAAAAUGCUAGCUGAAUCAGCUAGCCUCACCUCUGCAAUUCCUUCUGCAUACUAUUUCUCUGAAGAUUCUUAUGAGCUGGCAGAUCCAAAUGAUCCUGAAUUUCAACUCCCCACCAUUGAUUUCUCCCUCCUCACCUCUGAUUCUCCUGAUCAGCGCUCAAAAAUGCUACAUGAACUUGCCAAUAUUUGCCGCGACUGGGGCUGCUUCUUGGUGACGAACCAUGGAGUGACAGAGAGCCUGAAGCAGGCUAUGAUCGAAGCUGCUGAUAGAUUUUUCAAUUUAACAGAGGAGGAAAAACACAACAUUGCUAAGAAGUAUGAAGCCGAUCCAACCCAGAUCAGGUACGGAACCAGUUAUAACGCCAGGUCGGAAAAAGUUCGACUCUGGAGAGAUUUCAUCAAGCUCAGACUGCAUCCCGAUUUCCCCACUCUCAAUGAAAACGAUGGCUACAGUGAGGUUGCAAUGAAAUAUAGCAAAAAAACAAGAGAAAUAGCAACUGAACUGGUAGAAGCAAUAUCAGAGAGCUUAGGAUUAGAUCCAAACUACAUAUACAAGGCAUUGGAUUUGGAUAGUGGCGUUCAGUUCUUGCUAGCAAACUACUAUCCACCAUGCCCACAACCCGAACUCGCAAUGGGUCUUUCUCAUCAUACGGAUCAGUGCCUCAUUACCAUUCUCACCGACAAUGAUGUUAGUGGCCUUCAAGUCCUUCACAAUCACAAGUGGGUCACUGUCACCUCCACUCCUAAAACUUUUCUCGUUAUCCUUGCUGACCAGAUGCAGAUUGUGACGAAUGGAAAAUAUAAGAGCGCUAUGCAUAGAGGAAGAGUAAACAAAGAAGCAAAAAGAAUAUCGUUAGCCUCACUGCAUGGACCUUCAUUUGAAACCCUUGUAACUCCAUCGCCGGUGCUGGUCGAGAGAGAAGGGAAAGCACCGUUGUAUAGAUCCAUCAAGUAUAGAGAAUAUGUGGAACUUCAGCAUCGCAGCAGGAUGGACCUUAAGUGUGCUUUGGACCAAAUUCUAAUCUAAUUGUUAUAAUGCUGGCGUUUUUGUUGUCUGAAAAGUGGGUGUGGGUCAUGAUUUUUGUGUUAUUUUAUUGGUUAUAAUAAUUAAAGCAGCAAAUAUUGUGUUUGUUCACCUGCUUUAAUUAUUUCAUUCUGCGUUUUGGUCGUGAAAACCUUUUUUUAAUGUAUGAGACAUUUGUUUAAUGGU